AUGGAAGACUCAUCAGAUACUAAAUAUUUCUUUACUCAAUUAAAGAAGUUAAAACCACACCAUACAAAUUUUAAUCGAAAGUUGAUUGGCGGAGGAAGUUGGAAAGGGAAGGUCAAAGGAAGAUCAGUAGGGGCAAAGAAAGUUGGGAUCAAAAGAACAUAUACCUAUGAACAAAAUAAAAAGGAUGGUAAGGAUGAAGUUCAUGAUGUUUCUUGGAUUAUGAAAGAGUAUAGUCUUGACGACAAGGUAAUAAAGUCGUUAAGAAAUAGAGGUAUAAUAAAGCACGAGGAUAUUAUUUUAUGCUACAUUAGGAGUAAAGUUGAAGAUAAAGAAUCAGGAAAUCAUAUGCCUACAACAACUGCCGGUGAAAACGAUGAUGAUACACAACCCCAGGGGCUUAAUAAAUCUAGAUAUGGGGAUCAACUUCCUCAACAGAUGGUGAAGCCAAUGCAAAAUAUUGAAUCAAGAUAUAUUGGAUGUGAUGAUGAAUGGUAUGACAACACAACCCCAGUGGCUUAA